AUGGCAUGGCAUCAAAUAUCCCACCAGUCAAGAAAAGCCUAUGAUAUAUGGCCGUUUUGUUACUGUGAUGGUUGUCUAUACAAGGUCAGUGGCUUCCGCUACAAGUGCAAAGAUUGCUAUGAUUUCGAUUUUUGCUACAAGUGCUACGCCAACAGACAUGUGCUGCACCCACAUCAUGAAUGGAAUACCAUGGGCCAGGAGUUUGAAGACGACCCAGAUGCUAAGCCCGACGCCGCUAACCAAGACUCGAAUACCGAUGACGACGACACAGACUCGGAUAGUGAUGACAGCUCUAGUACCGAGUCUACUACAUAG